AUGUGUUGCAACUACCUUGGAAAUUACUAUGGUAGCUAUGGCUGUGGCCUUGGCUAUGGCUGUGGCUAUGGUUCCGGGUAUGGCUGUGGCUACGGUUCUGGAUAUGGCUGUGGCUACGGUUCCAGAUAUGGCUGUGGCUAUGGUUCUGGAUAUGGCUGUGGCUAUGGUUCCAGAUAUGGCUGUGGCUAUGGUUCCGGAUAUGGCUGUGGUUACGGGUCCAGAUAUGGUUGUGGUUAUGGUUCCGGAUAUGGCUGUGGCUAUGGUUCUGGAUAUGGCUGUGGCUAUGGUUCCAGAUAUGGCUGUGGCUAUGGUUCUGGAUAUGGCUGUGGCUAUGGUUCCGGAUAUGGCUGUGGCUACGGUUCUGGAUGUGGGGCUUCCUGGUGUAGCUACCGACCAGUUGUUUACAGGAGUUGCUAUUCUUCCUGUUGCUAA